AUGAUGGACUUGCGCGCGGUGCAUGACGCCGUCAGGACAAAGAACAUGGCGUCGGUGGUGCGGCUCUACUACCUCGAGAAUGGCCUCAAGAAGAAGGAGGAGCGCGAGAAGGCGCGCGACGCGGCCGACGUGCAGCCGCUCACGCCGCCGCGCGGGAACUCGAUCAACAUGCUCGACAAGCUCAAACGCGAGCUGGUGCCGGCCGCCGGUGACAAGCUCGUGCUCAAGCUCUCUCCUCCGCCGCCGCCGCUUGCUGACAAGCAGGCUUGUGCUUGCGCGCACGUGACAAUGCGCUCCCACCUGCAAGACGCGUGCGGCGUCAAGGACGACGUCAAGGCCGCGCCCAAGCCCGCAGUGGACACGGCCAAGCCCGACGGCGAUGUGGACGAGAUCUACUUGUCGUCGCCGCCGUCGCACCUCGGAGCCGAGGCGUGCGGCAUCAAGUCCGCCGCCGCCGAGGAGCUCGCCGCCAAGUCCGCCGCCGCCGAGGAGGACGCCGAGUCGGCCACCGAGGAGGCGACCGCCGAGGAGGCGGCCACCAAGAAGGCGACCACCGAGGAGGCCGCCGCCAAGUCCGCCACCGAGGAGGAGUCCGAGGAGGCAGCCACCGAGGAGGCCGCCGCCGAGGAGUCCGCCACUGAGGCCGUGGCGCAGCACGAGGCCAAGAACGAGAAGAACAAGGCGCCGACCAAGGCGGAGAAGAAGGACUGCGCCGCCGGCGUACGAGUGAACUCGAUCAACAUCAUGGCAGAGAACAAGACGGCAGGGAAGGUCGGCAUCAUGCCGGCCGACGUCUUCUCCGCGCCGCCCCUCGGAGCCAAGGCGGCGUGCGACAAGAAUGACGUCGUGAAGGGCGUCCCCGAGGCCAAGUCUGGCGCGGAGGCCUCCCUCGACGAGAGCACCCUCAAGAAGGACCCGGCCGCGGAAAAGGACCCCGCCGCGGACAAGGUCGACUCGGACAAGGCCAAGGCCAUGUCCUCCGCCCACGCGCCGAGCGCCGUUUUCUGGUCCAAGCUUGACCCGCCGACGUCCCCCAACGGCACCAAAGAAGCGCCGGCUCUCAAGCCGGUCACCGAAGACGCGCCGGCUUUCAAGCCGGUCACCGCCGGCGGCGCGCCGCUGCCGUCGAUCAAGGAGUUUCCAGCGGAGGAGCCCGCCCCUUCGGGCAUCGCCGACUGGACCACCCCGUCGAACCCGCGCCGCAAGACGCGCCGCAAGAACGGGCGCAAGGGCGCGUCCGCCCCGAUCGUCCGCACCAAGAGCACCCCGGUCGGCGGCAGCAACGGGUUCGGAUGCCUGCUCGGAACGGACGGCAACGAGGGCAUCCUCGGUGGCAACGGCAAGGCGACCGGCGGCUCCACGCCGUCGACCACAGACUCGGGCGCGACGGCCAACGUCGAGACGACCACGAUUACCACGCCGGAGGGCUCCGUCUCUGCCUCCGGCUGGUUCUCUUGGCCCAAGUUCUGCCCGUCCUACUUGCUCCGCCUCUUUGGCAUCCUCGCGCUGCUCUGCCUCGGAACCGCGUUUGCGCUCUCCUCGUACUCUGCCACCUCCGCGCUUCUCUCCUCGCAGCGGUACGAAUCCCCGUGGCCGACAUCGCCUCCCGCAACGUUCGCAAAGUCAUUCACGCCGGCCGAACUCGAUGACGAGGCAUACGCGCGUAGAAGCAUAGACACGUUGCGGAUGUUUGCAUACAUGGUGAACUCAAUACCGAUCCCACAAGAGACCUCCGACCUCGAGACCACAGCAGCGCCGUCACUGCAGAAUGCAUGUGGCGAAUGCGUCGCGUGCAAGACACCUUAUGGCUACGGCAUCAACGAGGCGUGUACCAUCAGCGGCGUGCCGCCGGUCGAGCUGGAGGUGAUCGGCUUUGAUGUGGAUGGAACCCUCUGCGCAGAGAUUCUCUGCCGUCAAUGCGGCAGCUGCGGUUGUGACUAUCUCACCGUCAACGGCGUUAAGUACUGCGGCACCUCGGGGCCGAGUGGCGCGGUGGCGGUGGACGGCGUCAUCGAGUGGUUCUCGAAUGGCUACAUAGGGGUUGCUGCCAGCACCUCAAUCUAUCUGCCGCCGGGUGCGCACUUCGAGCUGGGCAGCGAGAUACAUCAACAUAGCAUCAGCUGCGUCUCCAACAUCAAUGUGACCGUCGCGAGCAGCGGCGAGGGCGCGACGCUCGACGGCCGGGGACAGACCGGGCUCUUUUACCUCUCGGGCGGCUGCAGCCUCACCCUGCGGGGGCUGACCCUCGUCAACGGGAGGGUGGACGGGAGGAUGGACGGCGGCGGCGGCGUUGUGCACGCUUACGGCGCAGGCGACGUCGAGAUCAUCGACUCGACGGUCAGAGAUUGCUCGGCUGGCGAGUACGGGGACGGCGGGGGCGGCGUCGUCUACGCGGAGGGCAGCGGCGCGGUCUCGAUAAUCGGCUCGACCGUGUCGGGCUGCUCUGCUCGAUACGGCGGGGGCGGCGUCAUCUACGCGGAUGGCAGCGGUGCGGUCUCGAUAAUCGGCUCGACCGUGUCGGGCUGCUCUGCUCGAGUGCGCCGCGUAGAGCUAGCCGCUUGCAGCGGCGUACGGCAGCGGGGCGAGAGAUAG